AAGCGGUGGAGGCGGAGCCGGGAGCGUGGCCUGCCCUGUAGCAUUCUGAUUGGGCUUGCUCAGGGAGGUGGGCGGGCGGAGGGCGGAGCUUCCGAUAACAACACUCGGAGCGGGGGCCUGCGCUAUUUGUUGCUGCGCGGCCACCGCCCGAGCCAUGCUCUUGUCUCCUCUUGGGCUCUCUUAGCAGUAGCAGCCGCCGCCACCCUGUGAUCACUGGCUUCACUUCCUCCUCUUCCUCCUGAGCCACGUCCUUCCCAGCGCUAUGACCGUCGUCUCUGUCCCGCAGCGGGAGCCGCUUGUCCUGGGCGGCCGCCUUGCACCGCUGGGCUUUUCCGCCCGUGGUUACUUCGGGGCCCUGCCGAUGGUGACCACGGCGCCGCCGCCUUUACCCCGGAUCCCGGACCCCAGGGCAUUGCCCCCGACCCUCUUCUUCCCUCACUUCCUCGGGGGAGAUGGUCCCUGUCUGACUCCUCAGCGUCGCGCUACAGCUCCUCUGACCAACUGCAGCUUUGCCACGGCGGGGGGCACUCCUCGGGCAGCGCCAAAGAAGCGGCGAAAGAAGAAGGUGCGGGCCAGCCCGGCGGGGCAGCUUCCCAGCCGCUUCCACCAGUACCAGCAGCACCGGCCGAGUCUGGAGGGCGGUCGGAGCCCUGCGACCAGCCAGAGCGGAGCGCAUGAGGUCCCGGGCCAGGCUGCCGCCGCGGCCCCGGCCCCUGCGGCCGCGACUCGAACUGAGGAAACGAGUCCAGUCCUUGGCCCUCUGCCGCCCGCGGUUCCCGGUCAACCCUCGCUCAGGAAAGAGGUUUUAAAAUCAAAGAUGGGAAAAUCGGAGAAAAUUGCCAUUCCCCAUGGCCAGCUUGUUCAUGGUAUACACUUGUAUGAACCAAAGAUAAACAGACAGAAAAACAAAUAUAACUUGCCACUAACCAAGAUCACCUCUGCAAAAAGAAACGAAAAUAACUUUUGGCAGGAUUCUGUUUCGUCUGAUAAAACUCAGAAGCAGGAGAAAAAGCCUUUUAAAAAUACUGAGAACAUUAAAAAUAUGCAUUUGAAGAAAUCAGCAUUUCUAACUGAAGUGAGCCAAAAGGAAAAUUACGCGGGAGCAAAGUUUAGUGAUCCACCAUCACCUAGUGUUCUUCCAAAGCCGCCUAGUCACUGGAUGGGAAGCACUGUUGAAAAUUCCAACCAAAAUAGGGAGUUGAUGGCAGUACACUUAAAAACUCUCCUAAAAGUUCAAACUUAAAGGUUAGAUUUGAGUAUGUAUGUAAAACAUAGUUUCUCCAAAAUCUCUGGAUACUUAAAAAGAAAAUCGGUACAGAAAUGGAAAUUUGCCUUGGUACAAGUGCAAAAGAUGAGUUUAAAAAAUUACAGCUUGUAUUAUAUUUUAUACUUUGUAAAUACUGUAUACCAUGUAUUAUGUGUAUAUUGUUCAUACUUGAGAGGUACAUAUUAUAGUUUUGUUAUGAAAGUAUGUAUUUUGCCCUGCCCAAAUGGGUAGAUGUUUUGUAUAUAUAAAAUGGAGAAAUUUUUAAGUGUGUGCUAAGGCACGCAGAAGACCAUUUUAUUUGCACAAGGUACUGAGAUUUUUUUCAAGAAACAGCUGUCUAAUCUCAAAGUGAAGAUCUAAAUGUGAAGAGUUUACUAAUGCACUACUGAAAUUUUAAAUUUGUGGCACAAUCAUAAACAUGGGGUUUGUCUGUUCUCUAAAUUGAUUUCUGCCUUCUAAUCUGCAAUGACUGGAAAACUGUUACCAUUUUUACCAAACUUUGUUUAUUUAUGUUCACUAUUCAAAUUUAGAAUACCUCUAAUUCCAACAAAAUCGGUUGUAAUCAAAUUUUAAAAUAAUAAUUUGGUCCCCCCCUUUUAAACUAGUCUUGACUUUUUGUGUGUGGCUGCUUUUCAUGUUGGAAUGUGUGAGCAGGAGGUGGUAUUGUGUAAUUGGAUUAACUUUCCAUUUUAAUUGGCUGUGAAUGUCUUGACUGUGUACAAUUGUCCAUCCUUCCUAAAGGGUCAUAUAACUUCACCACCAUCACCAUCUCCUAGGACAGGAAUUCCCAUCUUACAGUGCAAAUGAUUGUAGAUAAAAGAGUUAAUGAGCUUGUAACUUAGAAUAUAUUUUUAUAUAUGAACUGUAAUUCUAUAAAGUACCAUUAAGCUUACACAUUUUUCAAUGAAAACACUUGGUUUACUAAAUUUAUAUUGAUCUUGAAUGGUGGUACUUGAACAAAAGUAACCAUAACCAAACCCACUGCUGUCGAGUUAGCUGACUCAUAGUGACCCUGUAGGACUAGCAGAACUGCUCAGUAGGGUUUCGAAGGCUGUCCUUAGAGAAGCAGAGUGCCAAAUUUUUCUCUCUUGGAGUGGCUAGUGGCUUUCGAACCACUGGCCUUUUUGGUUAGCAGCUAAGUGCUUCAACCACUGCACCACUAGGGCUCCUUUAAAGCAAGCAUAGUUGAUGUUAAAACAGGAGAUGAGGAUUUUGGAUUCUGAAGCUUGCCUGAAGAUGAAUAUGGCCAUUUAUGUAUUUUUUACUUUAAGAUUCAGACUUCGUUAUUCUAAUCAACAGUAUAUAUGUAAAGUCUACUCCAAAUUCUGAAAUAUAACUUUCCCUGUAUAGUUCUUAAUUACACAAAGCUAAAAUUCAUUCCAAUAACAAAAAGGUUUUCUAGUAAUUGGGCAUUAUGUAGACAUGUGAAAAGGAAAAUGUUAAGACAGUGUAUACGUGAUUCUCAAAGGUGUUACCAUCCUCCCAAGAAAAACAGGUGUUUUCGUUUUCUAGGGCUGCCAUAACAAAAUACUACAAAAUGGGUAGGCUCUAAAGAACAAACUUGUUUUGGAGGCUAGAAGUCUCAAUCAGGGCAUUGGCCAUGUCAGUUCCUUCUGAGGGCUUUGAAAGAACUGUUCAUGCCUCUCCUAAGUUUUUGGUGGCUUUUAUGAUUAUAAAUGUAUCUGCCGCCAUGGACACUGCAUCUUCCCUGUGUGUGUGUGACUUUCCAUAUCUAUAUUUUUCUCGCUUUUUAUAAAACACUUAAGAAGGGAUGAGAAUUAGGAUCCCUGCUAUCCUAGUAUGACCUUGUUUAAUAACAAAGGGAAAACCGUAUUUCCAAAAAGGUUGAAUUCCCAGGUACAAGAGUUAGGAAUUAAACAUCAUUUUUGGGAACAGUUCAUAACAAAAGGGUCUUAAUUCUUUUUGGUUCAUAGUGGGGGGGAGGGCAAGACACAACUUUCUGGCUGUUCAAAGGUGGGUGGUGGUAUCCAUACCUUAAUUUAGAGUAACUGUUGACAAACUGCUAUUAUAAGGUGUUAAACAUAAAAAAUCAAAACCAAACCCAGUGCUGAUAAGUCGAUUCUGACUCCUAGCGAUGCUAGAGAACAGAGAACUGCUGUGUAAGGUUUCCAAGAAAUGGCUGGUGGGUUCAAGCCCCUGACCCUUUGGUUGGCAGCUGAGUGCUUUAACCACUGCACCACCAAGGCUCCAGCGUGUUACACAGACAUCAUAAAAUCUUGAUAAGUAAUACUAGAUGUACUAUCUUGCAUAUGCAGCCUUGGAGGCCCUGGGUGACACAAACAGCACUCUACUACUAGCAAAACGGUGGUAGUUUGAACCCACCCAGAGGCACCUCAGAAAUACAGGCCUGGUGAUCUGCUUCGAAAGGAUCACAGCCUUGAAAACCCGAUGGAGCAAUUCUACCGUGCACACACACGGCUGCCAUGAGUUGGAAUGGACUCACUGGCAGCUAACAACUAUGUAAUCACCCUCGACCUUUUCCUUCCCAAUACUUUAACAUAAAGCUAGUAUCCAUGUAAUGUAGGACUUGAAUGGGAUCCAGUCAUGAUACACAGGGAAAAACACAUCUGUUUCUUUUGCCUAAUAGGUGAUUUCACACUACCUCAAAAAAAAAAAGUACUUGGCUUUUGUCCU